AUGGUCUCAACUGACGUCCGUCAGCGUUUGGAAGAAGCGGAGGCCCGAUUCCUGUGCAGCGUUUCUGAAGGUGCAGAUGCUGUCGAAUCAUUCUCCAAAGACUGGUCCGUAUUGCUCUCGGACCUCAGCGAGGCGAUAGAGACUGGCGAAGUCGACGAGGCAACUAUGGCGUUGGCGUACGACGUCUCCACAAGGGUCUCUGAGAUGACGAAUGCGUUCAUUGAAUUUCAGGCCACUACGGACUCAUUAACCUCACAGUUGAAGGAGGAGUUUCAGGCGUCUAGCACUCUCCUCUCCGAAGCAGCAGUGUGCCUCGUCUCCUCCCCAUCCCUGUCCGACCGCCCACAUCGACCCUCUUUCACACUGCUAUGCUACAAGUGGCUUCUCCGCAACAUUCACAAUCCGUAUCCGUCCAGGGCCACGAAGGAAGACAUUGCAAAAGCUUCGAAUGCGUCUCUGUCGUCUAUCGAUACAUGGUUUCAGAGCGCGCGCCGGAGAAUGGGCUGGACCACCAUUUCCAAGACGUAUUUCAAUAACUGUCGCCAAGAUGUUGUGGCUGCAGCGUCACGCGUACUUCUCGAGGAAGGUCGUGAGGCGCCGCAGGACGCCUGUCUCACUCAUGAAUUCCUGGAGAUGAAAGCUCGGGCGCAAGGGCUCUGCGCACAUGUCUACAAGAAGAGCAAACUAGCGUCGGAUCUAGACGUCUCUGUGAAGGAUAUAACCGAGGCCGACAGGCUGAGGACGGAACGCAAGAAGAAGGACGAGGAGGACUCGGUAAAGAGAAGAAAGGAAAUGGAGAAGGAAUUACGGAGAUUGCAGAGAGCGAAAGGAAGGCUACGGAAUAAGCUCGCUGAGGAGUUCGGAGGGUUCUCCCCUUGUUCCGCGCGUUCUUUCCGGAGACCGCCUCCUGCGCUUUCCAGGACCCCUUCCUUGACUUUAUCGCAGUCCAGUGGAAGUGAUAGCGAUGGCGACCUCUCAGAAUUGGAAGAUCUUCACGAGUUCGGUUGUCGUAUCCCUAUUCUGGGGAAACGCCGGGCGCUCGUUGAUGUCUCUCACUCGGGCCCUUACAGGUUGGGCACGAGCAGCCAAGUGCAUGCGACGAGUCCGGGAUACUCUUUGACGGCAUCUGUGUCCUCAGAUAACGCGCCUACAUUGGAUACCGAUACACAAGGGCAGUGUGGAGCGCUGGUCAAUCAGGGUGCUAUCCACACAUACCCUGGGGUCGUGUCUUCACGAAAGCGUCGGUCAUCACACAGUUUCGGAGCAGAGACCCAUAAUCGACCUCGCGGUUUACCGGCUGGGCGAUUUUGUGUCUCAGACCCUCUACCCUCAUUCCAGGAUGACCGAGUUGAGUCGCUUGACAUUGCUCAGACAUUUCCACCGGAUAAUCUCUUCGAUCUCGAGAGCUGUCCAGUCACUCUAGGUGGAUUAGACCACACUGCGGAAUUCGACAUUGAAUUAUUCAGAUCUUGGCCGAAGCUAGAUGAUUAUGAUACUAACGGGUAUUCCUCAAUAACCCCCAGUACAGGCAUCGAGACUGCCUGGCAACCUGCUAGUGAUAGAUGCUCGGACUUCAGACUGCAUGAUAUCCACCUGGAUGUCUCCAGAGUGUCCAUGCUUGAUUUACUUUCCGAUUCGCCCGAAGAUGUAUAUAUGGGAGGGGCAGAUCAGAGACAUCGCCUCUCUGCGACCGAAUCUUCCUACUCUAACAGGACUUCUCCGCUGACCCCUAUGCCGUUAUCCGCUGUUGUUAGUCACGCAAGCCUGAAUGAACUGGACCUCUCUCAGUUUUUAGACGUGACUGGGGUUCUAACAUCAUCCACAUCCUCAGCUUCGUCACGCGAACAGAUCCCUACGGAUACUCUAGAUUCUUGCGUAUCGUCGACCCUCUUGAAUAACCAGGCUGCGACCAUCCUGGCGUUGGACAAGCAGACGAAACUGCAGCAGUACAUGGCUUUGCAGGAAGCCGCAGCUCAAAUCGAACGGGAACUCCUGGUGGUGUGA